AUGAUGAUGUAUACAGAGAAUGAUGAUGAUGAUGAUGAAUUGAUGACGUUCUAUGGUGAUACGAAGUUUUCAAUGAUGAUGUUGAUGAUGAUGGUGAUAAUGAUACACCUGGAAAAAAUUUACUACUUGAAGAAAAUAUAUUCGAUGGAGUAUUUGAUAAACUAUCAUUACCAGAACAAACAAUAUCCUUUUCUAAUUUACUUUUAUCAUCAUUUUCUUCAUUAUUAUUAUUAUUAUUAUUAUUAUUAUUAUUAUUAUUAUUAUUAUUAUUAUUAUCAUUAUUAUUAUUACAGUGAAUGUUUAGACUCAACUGGAUUGAUCGUUUAG